AUGACUACUGAUCGACUGGAUCUUCAUGCAGGGCGCAGCGAACCCCAAGUGUUGUCCCUCCUCCGAAAAGAGUCGCUUGAUUUAUACAAUCGUCUCCAUUCAAUUCAAGAGGAUGUUGAUUUCGUAAAGGAAGUGUGCGCAGCGUAUUCACAUCUCCCGGUAUUACCAAAUCUACGCUGUGGCGCCUGGUAUGUUGACCCCGCCACGGCGAGGGAAGAGCCCGCGUAUUUCAAAUCUACAGACGGGCAUUUUGGUAAUUGGAGUUUCAAUUUGAGGCGGCCGAAUUUGCAUCUGCUAUCCAUCGUAGUCGCCGAAGGAGGGCUCAUUUUGGUUGACUCUACACGGGCAGGAAAGCGGAUUCCCGACGCACUGUCGAAGACCGUGCCCAUUUGGUGCGCGGUAGUCAACCGCGCAGUUCGACGGAAAUACCCCAGUCUAGAGAAAGCGGAAUGGGACACGCGACUAUACUGCCCGCCCGGUGUAGUGAGCACCCAGGAGCAGGCUCAAAUAGAAGCGCGGCUAGACGAAUGGGCCAAUUCACUUCUCGAUUCUGCUUAUAUCCUAUCCGAUCUUCAGUAUCCUCUACGGCCUCUCUGGGUCACGCCCUCAACUUCGCGCUUCCCCCAGCUGAUGGCGGACGAACAGACUUUCUACCCGGUUAUCUGCGUGUCAGCGUCCAAGCAAGUCGAUGGCGCUGAGCGGCGGCCCAACGGCUUCGCGUACGUCCAAGGCUCCGGGGACGAUCACGAGUUGUGGGGCAUGGACCUCACGCCUCAGGUUUUCUGGGAAAACAAGGACGUGCUGCUGAAGGCCGACCGAGGCGAGCUCCCGGACCUCGUCAAGCGCCUCAUCUCUGCCUCCGGCGGCCGUGUUCAUGAUGACCAGUGGAACCCGACGCCCAUCUCACACGUCGGGAGGCUUAUCUACUUAUGUGCCAUACCCGACAUCCCUCCCCUGCUCCCCCGCCAGCUACCCAACCAAACGGAUACCGUCGCAUAUGUUCUGGUCUCUGCGAGUGCGCUUCCGACAACCACUCCGCAUACCAGCCUGUCGCAAGCGACGAGUGAUAUGAUGUUACAACUGCACUUGGCCGAGGGUAAGAUAGAUCAGAUCCAGUUCCUCCAACGGGUCCUUCCUCAGGCGGUCUCGUUCAUUGGAUCCAUGCUUGCAAAUGGUCAUGCCGUCUGCAUCUGUUGCGACACGGGGAAAGACGUAAGUGUCGGCGUCGCAUUAGCGGCGCUCCAGCUCUUCUUCGACGACGCCGGAAACUACGUCGCGACGCCCGAACGCCAAAGGGUGCUGAGAAAUACAGCAAGCAAACAGUCCGUCGCGAAACGUCUACAGUGGAUUAUCUCUAGCAGGCCGCAGGCCAACCCAUCCCGAGCUGUCUUGAAGCGAGUCAACGAGUACAUUCUCACCUCGCCCUCCUUCCGCCGGCAUCGUGGGGACGACUAG